AUGUCUGUGACUGCAGAGCAGGCCAGCAACAACAGCACUACUAAAACGUUCGUCACGGCGCUGGUCGUCAAUGGCGCCCUUCUCGCUGCUGAAGUCGGGGCUUUUCUUAUCUUGAAGCAGAAACUGGGGAGGAUUUAUAGUCCGCGGACGUUUCUACCACCUCCAGAUAAACGAGCAGAAGAAUUACCGAAAGGCUUUUGGCGAUGGAUCCCUGCCAUAUUAAUGUCGCCACCCGAGGAUAUCAUACACAAGAAUGGAUUGGACUCAUACAUGUUUCUUCGAUUCAUCAAGAUGCUAAUAUGGAUAUUCGCCGUUUUCACAUUUUUCACUAUGGUCACCAUUGUUCCGGUCAAUGUCGUUGGCGUGCAGUCGUCCAUUACGGGUUUGGAUCGCAUUAGUUGGUCAAACAUCGUCAAUAAGGGGGACCAAAAGCGCUUUGCCGCGCAUAUAGUCGUCGUCUACCUUCUGACUUUCUUUGUCUUUUACCUCAUCCGACGCGAGAUGCUCCACUUUGUGCAUAUGCGACACCAAUUUCUUAUCAGCAAGUCACAUUCUCGCCUUGCACAAGCGCGUACAGUCCUCAUUACUUCCGUCCCGAUCGAAUUGGCAAACGAGCAUGACAUGCGUGAAUUUGCAAGUUUUAUCCCCGGUGGAGUGGAUAGAGUAUGGUUCUAUCGCGACAAGAAAGUUUUGAACGAGCUCUUCGAGGAACGUCAAGAGCUCUGUGGGAAGCUUGAGUCCGCCGAAGCUGAUGUACUCAAACAAGCAACGAAAGCGUGGCGUGCCAAGCAAGCUGCGCAUAAGAAGGCUCUGAAAAGGAAACCGAAAGACGAGGAGAGUAAAGAGGAACCGGAGCUGGUCCUAUCCCCGGCUUCUCAAGAGCUAUUAGACGAACUCGUUCCUGCUAAGAAACGGCCGACCCAUAGAAUUGGUUUCCUGGGGAUUUUUGGUCACAAAGUUGAUACCGUGAAGUGGUGUAAAGACGAGAUCUCGCGGCUAAACUCUGCUAUCGAAGAAGAACGAGAAAGAGGUGAAGGAAAAUUUCUUGGAAGCGCAUUUGUGCGGUGCAACUUGCAGAUUGGGGCCCAUGUGCUUGCCCAGUGCCCUCUCACCAUGAUCGACAAAUGGAUGGAAGCUCAUCCCAAGGAUGUCGUGUGGCGGAAUCUUGAUGAUGGCGCCCUUGAAAUGCGCGGCCGGUAUCUCACCUCUUGGCUUGCUACCAUUGGACUCAUCAUCGGGUGGGCGUUCCCAGUAACGUUCAUCGGGACGUUGAGUAACGUGGAUGAUCUUUGCAUCAAAGUGCACUGGCUAAAAUGGGUGUGCACGUCGCCGGAUCCUGUGCCCGCUCUCAUACAAGGUGUUCUUCCUCCGGCUCUCUUAGCUGGGCUCUUUGCAUUACUUCCUUUCAUUCUACGCGCUCUCGCUUGGUAUGAAUGUAUACCUCGGUAUUCGUUAAUAUCUGUCAGCGUUUAUCGCCGAUUCUUUUUAUUCCUCUUGAUCCAUGGCUUCCUCAUCGUUACUCUGAGUUCUGGAAUCACAAGAGCUAUACAAGAUAUCAUCGAGCAACCUACACAAACAGUCCAGAAGCUAGCUCAACAACUUCCUGGCGCCUCUAUAUUCUUCUUAACUUACAUGUUGACACAAGGGUUUGCUGGUGCAGGAGGCGCCUUGGCACAACUGAUGCCACUUGUCCUUCACUACAUCAGGAAGUGGUUUUUGGGGCGCACACCAAGACAGGCUUUUUCAGUUACCUAUAUGAUGCCCUCGGCUGAUUUUGGUAUCAUCCUCCCAAGACUCUCUCUACUAGCAACGAUUGCGUUCGCUUAUAGCGUCUUGAACCCACUUAUUAAUGUGAUGGCAUUGCUCAGCUAUGUCAUGUUCUAUCUUGCAUUCAAGUUCCUUUGUACCCAGGUUUUUGAUCAGCCCGAUCAAUCCGAAACGGGCGGUCUGUAUUUCCCUAUGGCAGUAUCAAAUCUUUUUGUCGGUUUAUAUAUCCAACAAAUCUGUCUAGCGUGCCUAUUCUUCUUGAAGGUCUCGAUUACCAGAACGUCUUCUAUCAUUGAGGGCGCUUUCAUGAUUAUCCUCGUGGCGAUUACCGCUUGUGUUCAGAUAUACAUACAUCACAGCUUUGAUCCUAUUACCACGUAUCUUCCCAUGUCUUUGGCUACUAAGAAAAUGGCCAAGCGGUAUGAGCAAAGACGACAAGAGAAGGUUGGUAUGUCUCCUGUGGAUAUAGAGCUGGAUCUGUUCAGCCGACAGCAUAUGAAAAAGAUCAGGAAACGGAUAAAGCGGCUUCCCAAGACGCUAGAUGACAAGUUUGACAACUUGAAAUCUAAGGUUACCUUCGAGGACGAGACGAAACCAAAGAGCUCAAAGGAAUGGAAAGGAAGCGCGCUGAAUGAAGACAAAGAAGACUUCCAAUCUCACGAAGGAGAUGACAUUGCCGAGGCCAGCGGUGUUGACCCUCGGUAUCCAAACGCUACCCCUGAGCUGAUUCGGCAGGGCUCUGAUGUAUCCAGGACGUCAACUUCAUCUCAGCAAUCCAAUAACAGUGAGAAGGCGGGUAGUUCCGAACGGUCGGCUCGAACGAAAUCCAUCGACAGCAGUCGUCCUAUAUUAGAGCCUCCGGAGCCUGCCGAAGACGGUCUUUGUGAUGAAGAAAGCGAUGACGAAGCUGACCAGGACGAACAUGCGUUCGAUCAUCCUUCGACGUACGUGGAGCAGCCAUGGAUAUGGAUUCCGCAUGAUGUGCUGGGGUUGAGCCAGGUGUUGGUAGAUGAUCUGAAGAAAGCGGGCGUAGAAGCGAGUGAUGAAGGUGCUAUGAUGGAUAGGAAGGGAGUAGUUGAGGUGACUAGAAAUCCUCCUGAUGAAGAUUGGGUGGGUGGCCAUGACCGAUAG